GGGGGCUCCGGGGGGACCAUGCCCCGAGGCCGGCCGACCGCAGCAUGGCUCACGGGCCCGGCGCGCUGAUGCUCAAGUGCGUGGUGGUCGGCGACGGGGCGGUGGGCAAGACGUGCCUGCUCAUGAGCUAUGCCAACGACGCCUUCCCCGAGGAGUACGUGCCCACUGUCUUCGACCACUACGCAGUCAGCGUCACCGUGGGGGGCAAGCAGUACCUCCUGGGACUCUAUGACACAGCUGGACAGGAAGACUAUGAUCGUCUGAGGCCUUUAUCUUACCCCAUGACUGACGUCUUCCUCAUAUGCUUCUCUGUGGUAAAUCCAGCCUCAUUUCAAAACGUGAAAGAGGAGUGGGUCCCGGAACUGAAGGAAUAUGCACCAAAUGUCCCCUUCCUAUUAAUAGGAACUCAGAUUGAUCUCCGAGAUGACCCCAAAACUCUAGCAAGACUGAAUGACAUGAAGGAAAAACCUGUCUGUGUGGAACAAGGGCAGAAGCUAGCAAAAGAGAUAGGCGCAUGCUGCUAUGUGGAAUGUUCAGCUUUGACCCAGAAGGGUUUGAAGACUGUUUUUGACGAGGCUAUCAUAGCCAUUUUAACUCCAAAGAAACACGCAGUUAAAAAAAGAAUAGGAUCGAGAUGUAUAAACUGUUGCUUGAUUACGUGAGGAAAGUCUGUAGUGGCCAAGGAAACUGUCCAUUUCUCCCAGAAAGCAUUGGAAAUGCUACAGCAAUGUCCUGACCUCUUACAAUGAAGCAGUUUAACCUGAGCGGGGAGGGAACCUGUCCUCAGCAUCCUCCAGAGUUCACUGAGAAUGUUUCUUAAAGGUCUAAGCGGCAGCAAACAGCAUCUGAAGCCACAAUCUACUCUAAAUACUUUAUUUCAACUAGAAGGUACAAUCUCUCAGGGGUUUCAUAGUUAAAAAGCUACAAUCACAUCAUGUUGAAACGACAUUGAAAAAACAACAGUGCUGUAAAUGGAACUGCUUGGCUUUGACCAGACACAUUUCUGCACAGCCCUUAUGGAAUCUGCACAAAGAAAUAUCUCCUCCCCUUUCUCCUCUUAAUUGUUCUUGUAUGUAAGUUGCUUUCUAUUCCAGUAUAUCCAGAGUGGUGAGCUCACGAGGCCAGCCACGUAGCCAAAGGUCGCUCCAAGUGUACAGGAGAUGGGCCACACCUGAGGGAAGAAUUAUGAGAUCAAAACCAACCAAUGUUUCAUUGUUCCUUGAGCACAAAUUAAGUGUAACAUAAACAUUUCUAUAGUGAAGCUUAAUGUGCUUUCUUAAAGAAUGCCAAAAGUUUAGUAGAUCAUAACUGCAUUUACCAUGAACACUAAAAAUGUACACAUUUUAGUUAAUGUGCACUAAAAGGUAACAAGGCUUCUGGCAACUGUAGAUUUAGUUUGAUGUUCCCCAAACUGCAUGAAAUACAUGCUAAAGUACAAAUUUAAAAGUUAGGCCAUAGUUUGCCAUAAUCCUGAACUCAGUUUAGCUUUCUGAAUGAGUUGGUCAUUUUUCUAAUUCCCACUUUGGCUGUGUACAUCAAAUGAAACAAGAAGUGAGUAGACUGACUGAACCUUGGGAACUUUUCAAUUGUGUCAGAGGAAAGACACAGAAUCUAAGCAUGUUACGUGCAAUGUGUGGGUACUCUGCUUCCAUGAGCUGCAGGUACUGCAGCCGCAGAGGGUGCAGCCCACAGCUUAUGCACACACCUAGAGUGUAGGGCAAGCAGAACACUACAGGCUUCCCGAGAUGGUUUCCCCAGUCAUGCUUCACUUCAUUAAACCAGAACUAAAUAAUGGUGAUUUAUUUUAUGCCACAGACAGGGUAUGUGGGUCCCAAAGUAAAAAGCCCUGUGUAAAAAAAACCUUGGAAGCAAACUUUCUUGUUUCUUUUGUAAAGCUUAUUUGGUGUACUAGAGCCAUCUCUAACCCUUCUCUGAGGACUAGGCCACCAGAGUGUACUGGAGGCAAACCACCUUGAUAACCGGCCGGUACCAUGUGGCUUUCUUCCUCAGUCUGCUGUGGAUCUGCCUUAUUCUAAACGCCAUGCAACAGACAGUCGUGGUAGGCAAAGCUUCCAUGCGAACCACUCACGCAGUUGGGAAGCAUAAUUAACCCAUAGAGCGUUGCUGGCCUUUCUUAGGUUCCAAUUUGCUGUUGCUUCAACUACGACUUCCUUGUCUUGAGCGAGCUUCUGUUAUCUUCCAGGAUUUGUGCUUACAGCUUCGUCUAUUGCACAGAUUGGGUAAUGGAACACUAAACAUUGAUACUUGAAAAUGACAGCCUUAAAUGUUCACACCAGUCACAAAUCUCAAUGUACUGUCUUGCAUGUGAGCUUCGUAGGAGUUUUUGAAGUAUAAGCACCACACUCCCCACUUGGUAGUGGACAGUCUACUGGACAAGAGCUUUCUCUUGGAAGUGGAUGUUGGAUGUCUUUUUCUCCAAGCAGUGGUGGUUCACAUUAAGCAUUAUGGCCUUAUGUAUGCUCAAAUGGGAUUUCUGUAACUUCCCCAUUCAGUUUUGGUCUGUUUUUAGAGAGAAUUGGAAGAACCUGUAUAAUGAGUUAACAUGCUAGCUAAGUUGUUACUCCAAUCUGAAGGAAUCCUGACAGUAAAGUAUUCUUCAUUUCCAAGUCGCCUUUGGAGAUUUGAUGGGUUUGGGUUUUGGCUUUUCUCUUUUUCCUUCAAAUCUACGUUUGUGAAACCUUGGACACUUGGUGUAUUAGGCAGUGGAGUUAAAGUCAAGAACGUUCCUGCUCCAAGAGAAGUGGAUCAAGAAUCUGGAAAAUGCACUGGUGUCGCCUUGGUUUCCUCAUGUUCUGACCAUGGAACCAUCUCCAGUGUCCUCCCAUUCAUGAGCUCUUUCCACUCUCCUGACUCACAGCAGACAUGUUGGCCAUCUCCCUCAUCACUCUCCUGACUCACAGCAGGCAUGUUGGCCAUCUCACUCUCCAUUCUCUCCUGACUCACAGCAGGCAUGAUGGCCAUCUCACUCUUCACUCUCCUGACUCACAGCAGACAUGUUGGCCAUCUCCCUCAUCACUCUCCUGACUCACAGCAGGCAUGUUGGCCAUCUCACUCUUCACUCUCCUGACUCACAGCAGACAUGUUGGCCAUCUCACUCUCCAUUCUCUCCUGACUCACAGCAGACAUGUUGGCCAUCUCACUCUUCACUCUCCUGACUCACAGCAGACAUGUUGACCAUCUCCCUCUCCUGACUCACAGCAGACAUGAUGGCCAUCUCACUCUUCACUCUCCUGACUCACAGCAGACAUGUUGGCCAUCUCACUCUCCACUCUCCUGACUCACAGCAGACAUUUUGGCCAUCUCCCUCUCCUGACUCACAGCAGGCAUGUUGGCCAUCUCCCUCAUCACUCUCCUGACUCACAGCAGACAUGUGGGCCAUCUCCCUCAUCACUCUCCCGACUCACAGCAGACAUAGUUGGCCAUUACAUUUGCAGCUUUACCCUCUCCAGAUGGUAAGAAUCAUGUAUAUAGAAUUCUUGAACUCUAAGCCAACGAUUGUAUCAUCUGAACCUGAGGUGCCUUAGGUACUCUAUUUACCUUGAUGGGGUUUGGAGUUUCCCAUUGCUUGUUAAGAGCUCUUUGUGUUGAUUAGUUAGUAUUUCUUUUUGCAAAAUCUUCUCUGCCACUUUAACCAAAAAACCAAAGAUUUGUUUUCUAUUCAUGAGCAGAUUAUAGAGAAACUGCCUUAUUUUCAGAAGCGUAUCUUCAUUAAAGGCUUAGGUUGCAACAGAAAUUCAGACUAAUCUCUGGAAAAACUCUUUCAAACUAGUGAAAUACCGGGGAAAGAAAAUACUUUUCAAAACUAUUUUAUUAACAUGAAUUGUGCUAGUGAAUACACUGCUUCAAAUAAGGUCAUGUACGAAAGACUAAGAAGAAAUUAGAACUGAUCGGUGUUUGCACAGAAAAUGUGUUCUAAAGUCCUUGAACGUUUUUAGGGGAAUCUGGAAAUCUAGUAGAACUUCGCUAAUGUGUGCCCUUACUCUAUCCUCACAGGUACAUUGUAGCUUACUUGCGAUGAAUUAUCAUAUUUCCAAUAAGUACAGCUUGAGUUUGUGCUAUUUGUUAUGAAUUAUCUUAGUUACUUUAGACACUGCUUCCAUUUGAGUUUUAAUUAUUGGUUUUAAAUACCAAAUUAAAUACUGGUUUGUUGGUUGUUGCUUUUUCAAUGAUUGUUACUUCAACAGCGUCCCUUUCCUAACGUAUGGGGUCAUAAAUAAAAUAAAAUGCACAGUUACUAUUUA